AUGCCUGAAAGCCCAACAUUGUCUUCCUCUGCUUCUAGCGCAGUCAUUGUUAGGAGAGCAAAUCCCAAAGAGGAUCUAAAACAUGUUGACGAGCUCCAUCGAAUUAUCAAUUCUGCCUUUUGUACAGAUGUCAGCUGGACUCAUGAGGCCCACUUCCUCCUAGACAACCUUUUGUCUAAAGAAGAUGCCAAAGCAGCAAUAGAAGACAGUACCAGCCACUUAUUAUUAGCGUUCGAUUCAGAGACAGAUCAACCGCUUGGUACGCUCCGGCUGAGUCCCGCAGAAGCGUACCCAGGCUCCGACAAGUACAAGAAGAGAGGUGAUGAGCCAACGAAACCUGUGGAAGCAAUACUCAAGGAUCAACAGAUUAUAUGUGGGAUGAUCACGGUCGAUGCAAGGUAA